GGUGUGCGCGCGCAGGGUGGUAUGGUGCUCCACCUUUGAUUGCAUGAGAGGAUGGCUAUGCGAAGCUCUUCAACGCAGCAGAACAAGCAGCGAGUGAUGGAGGGCCCGCUGUCCAAGUGGACGAACGUUGUGCACGGCUGGCAGUACCGCUGGUUCGUGCUGGACCAAGCUUCUGGUCUUCUCUCUUACUACACGUCAAAGGAAAAGAUGAAGAGAGGAUCGAGGCGGGCAACUAUACAACUAAAAGGGGCUAUAAUUGGAAUUGACGAUGAGGACGACUGUACAUUUACCAUCAGAGAUCAGACAAGGGUUUUCCACUUCCAAGCCCAAGACUCUGAGGAGAGAGAGAAAUGGGUGCACUCUCUUGAGGCCUGCAUCAGGAAGCUUGUCCGUCCUCCAGUUCAGAUGAUGGAGCUGCCCCUGCCGUCAGCCAGUAAGAGGGUGAGUCUGGAACAGAGACUUGGAGAGGCCGACGGCUACUACCACAUUCUCAGAGGACAAGUUCAGUCUCUGUCCCAGUCCCUGAACCAGUCGGAGGAGGCCAAACAGCUGCUCGCCACUGCCAAGACCAUGCUGGAGGCUCUGCAGCAGACCAUCGACCUCCUGAAGGACACACAGCUGUCAGAGUCAGAGCUGAGUCCCCCGGCGAGCGUUGAGGCCACACCCCCUCCGCUCAGCCCUUGGGAAGCAAACAGAGACCUCGCCACUAAUGAGGGAGAGGAAGUUGCAGAGGCAGAGGUGGAGGAGGGAGGGGAAGGGGGGGAUGAGGGAGAGAGGGGGAAAGGAGAAGAGGAGGAUGGAGAGGAGAGAGGAGGGGAGGGAGAGAAGGAGGAGAAUGGGGAAGAAGAAAGCCAAAGGAGGAAGGCGGCACCACUGAGUCAGAGUCUGACAGUGAGUCGUCUGAUGAGUUCUACGACGCAGACGAGGAGCUAGAGGAACCACCACUGUCACCCAUGGCCGCAGUAGCUAUCAGCGUCCAGCCAGCAGACAGCGAGGCUGAUCCUUCUGACGUAGAGGAAGACCAGGAGCUACAUGAAGAUGAUGAUGCUUCAAGUGGAGUGGCCCAGAACAGGAGUAUCAUAAUGCACAUGUUGUCGCAGGCCAGGGUGGGGAUGGACCUCACUCGAAUCACUCUCCCCACUUUCAUCCUCGAGAAACGCUCUCUUCUUGAGAUGUACGCCGAGUUCUUUGCUCAUCCUGACCUCUUUGCCUCUAUUCCAGACAACUCUGACCCUCGCGAGAGGAUCAUCGCCAUUGCUAGGUACUACUGCUCUGCCUUCCACGCUGCCAGAAAGGGUGCAGUAGCUAAAAAACCGUACAAUCCAAUUUUGGGGGAGACAUUCAGAUGUUACUGGGAUCUGCCGGGCGGGAGGAGAAAUGCUCCUGAUGAUGACUCCAAGCGUCUGAUACAGAGCGGACCUGUGCCGUACGCCAGCUACAGUUCAGUCGCAUUUGUGGCUGAGCAGGUCUCCCACCAUCCACCAGUAUCAGGAUUCUAUGCCGAGUGUAUCCCCAAGAGAAUGUAUGUGAACGGAUCCAUCUACACCAAAUCCAAGUUCCUGGGUCUCUCUCUGGGUGUCCACCACAUUGGCUCUGUUCGACUGUGCCUGAUGGACUAUGGGGAGGAGUACAGAGUCAACCUCCCCAAUGCCUACGCUCGCUCCAUCCUCACAGUCCCCUGGUUGGAGCUGGGCGGGAAAUGCCACAUCGAAUGCCUCCAGAACGGCUACACAGCCGACGUGGAGUUCCACUGCAAGCCGUUCUAUGGGGGAAGAAAGCAUCGCAUUACCUGCAACGUCAAUCACACGUCAGAGAGGAAACCUCUUCUCAAAGUGGAGGGAGAAUGGAACGGUGUCAUGCACAUAAAACACCCAAACGGAGAGCAGGAGGUGUUUUUCGACACCAUCAACACUCCAACGGUGAAGAAAAAGCUACAGAAGGUCUCGGCCCAGGACCCAGGGGAGUCACGUCGCCGAUGGCAACGCGUCACCGAGGCCCUCUUCAGCAAAGACAUUGAGGAAGCCACUGACGCCAAACAUGAAUUGGAGGAGAAGCAGAGAGCUGAUGCGAGGCAGAGGCAAGAGAGUGGAGUUGAGUGGAAACAACAGUUUUUUCACUUGGAAGGUGACACGUGGAUCUACAACACCCCGCUCAGCUCAAGGACAAGAACGUCUAAAAGACAUAUUUAAAACUAUAGUAUAUCAGAUAUAUACCAACAUCUUUUCUAGAGCUUCAAACGAGCAUUCGCGCGCGCGCGAACAAGAGUUUG